CGCCUGCGCGGCGGCUGGGGCGUCUCCGCAUGGGGGACGGGCGCGCGGCGGCGUCAGAAACUGGAUGGCUUCUACAGUGCGCCUGGAUAAAGAAUCAUUAUUGGAAGAUGGAAUACCACCUACAAAAAAGCCCAGGAAGCUGUUGCCAAGCCUAAAAACCAAGAAGCCUCAGGAGCUGGUUUUGGUGAUUGGGACGGGAAUUAGUGCUGCAGUUGCUCCGCAGGUCCCAGCGCUGAAGUCUUGGAAAGGGUUAAUCCAGGCCCUCCUGGAUGCUGCUGUUGACUUUGAUCUUCUGGAAGAUGAAGAGAGCAAAAGGUUCCAGAAAUGUCUCCACGAAGACAAGAACUUGGUUCAUGUUGCCCACGACCUUAUCCAGAAGCUGUCUCCGCGCACAAGCAAUGUUCGCUCAACGUUUUUCAAAGACUGUUUAUAUGAGGUGUUUGAUGACUUGGAAUCUAAAAUGGAAGAUUCUGGGAAGCAGCUGCUUCAGUCUGUGCUUCACUUGAUGGAAAACGGGGCACUGGUAUUAACCACAAACUUUGAUAACCUGCUGGAACUGUACGCUGCACACCAGGGGAAGCAUCUGGAGUCUCUUGACCUCACUGAUGAAAAAAAGGUGCUGGAAUGGGCGCAGGAGAAGAGGAAGCUUAGCGUCCUGCAUAUCCACGGCGUUUACACAAAUCCCAGCGGAAUAGUGCUGCACCCGGCUGGCUACCAGAAUGUACUACGCAACACUGAGGUUAUGCGAGAGAUUCAGAAGCUGUAUGAAAACAAGUCAUUCCUGUUCUUGGGCUGUGGUUGGACUGUCGAUGACACCACGUUUCAGGCCCUGUUUUUAGAAGCUGUGAAGCACAAGUCAGAUCUGGAGCAUUUUAUGCUCGUACGGAGAGGAGACGCGGAUGAGUUUAAGAAGCUUCGCGAGAACAUGCUGGACAAAGGGAUUAAAGUGAUUUCCUAUGGAGACGAAUACGCCGACUUGCCCGAGUACUUUGAGAGACUGACGAGCGAGAUCUCCAUGCGGGGUCGAACAGGUGUGUCCAAAGAGGGACAACAGCUGAACGGUUCUGCAGCUGCCUGCGCUGAGCUAAAAGGAUGCAGCACUUGAGCCUCAGCCUCGUCCCAGGAUCCGUGCCACAGGCCGCUCCCUAGGGCCAGCUGCAGCCGGCAGCUCCAGGGGAGGCCGGUGAAGGUCAAGGCCAGUCGAGGGGAGGCGCGAGCCCCCUCGUGCAGCCGCAGCGCUCAUCCUCGCACGUGCAGCCAUACUGCGGGCACCAGCGAGGCAGAGCCUCCUCGCACCCACGCCUGGUUUGACAGUGUAGUCUUCUUUUUCUAAAUCAAGGUUUUAUGUGCUGGGCGAGGGUGGUCUCUCCGACAGAGCUGCAGCCUCUUUAGUGCUUUUGUAUUCUGUACUUCCAACUUAAAAAAAAAAAAAAAAAAAAAAAAAAAAAAAGAAAAGAAAAAAAAAGAACUGGAGCAGUUUAGGGGUUUUUUUUCUACUUACAGCCCUAGUUUUCUAGUCCUUUCUUUAUACUGUACAGUAUUUUAUAUGUUGAAGCUUGUAUUAAAGGCCUGUUCGGUUGCAA